AUGGCCGGCCUCGUUGAAUAUGCAAGUAGCGAUGACGAGGAAGAAAUACAAGAGGUGGAAUCUUCUCUAUCUCAGAAUAAGCAAAGAGUGAACACUACAGAUAACAAACAGCAAGAUCGAGAAGUAACGGAGAAAACCAAUACAUCGGCUUCUGAGUAUAAGAGUCUGGAAGAUGUUCCCAUCGCACCAAUUCAACAAAAUGCUGCGCCCUUGGGACCUUUCCUACCACCCAUGGAAGGAGCUGUUGUGAAUGAUCAAGAUCCAGCAUCUAGACCUGCUUCACCAUACUCUAGCAAUCGUGCUCUUCUUCGUGACCUGACGUUACCAUCAGCACCUAACCUAAAUAUUCCACCAUCGCCCCCAGGAUCACCACCGCCCGGCACAAACGAGAAAUUUGAGAAAUUCCUUGAGCUCAAGAAGAAGGGAACACACUUCAAUGCAAAACUGGAGCAAUCAAUUGCACUCAAAAAUCCCAGUUUGAUGGAUAAACUGAUGAGAUUUGUCGAAGUUGAUGAGCACAGUCAGUAUUCAACUACAUUAGCUACAGAUUUGUGGAAUCCUGCAGCGUUUCCAGAAUGGGCGUUCAAGGAGAAGCUACGGAAGAGCCACGACAAAUUGCUGAAGGAGAGAGAAGCAGAGAAGACCACUGGUACCAGGACGACCGUUGAAUUCGUCCCAUCGUCAUCAUUGGCAGGCCAGGAUGCAACAGCGAGAAGUGAGCCUUUAAGAGGCGAAAAACGGAAAACUAGUUGGAACUAA